GACGUUUAUCUGAGACCAAACCGUCUCGUCUGGUUCAACUUUUGCGCUUCGGCGACCACCCAGACGUAGCGUUGGGCGGGAGGAUAGUCGGGAUAGUCAGGGAGACUGUCCAAGUCCCCGUCUUUGUUAUGAACAAAUGAGCGCUCAUCAUCCUUAGUAGAUACACUAAAUGGACGAGAAAGCAAAGGAUGCAUGCUGUAUCUUUUCAAGAGACCACUUGAAAAAAAAUGCUGCCCCAGAAAAUUGUUGGUCAUUCACUGGCCAGUAGCAAAAAAGAUUUUGGAAAAAUAUGCAACAAUGGUGGCUUUGUGGGCAGCUCUAGUGUCCGAGGUACCCGUUCAAAAGCAGAGCUCCAAGAGCUGAUGGACAGUUUGCAGCGAAGGAAGGCAGCUGUUGAAGCCAGCAUACGUGCUAAUGCAGAGCGCCACCCCUACCUCAGCCUGUCCUCUCCACCUAGUCCUCAUUCCACCAUAUCACUCCUUCAAGAGCAGCCGUCCCACUCAGUUCAUAUGCCUUCCUCCUACAUUCUCAAUAUGGCUCCUUCCCCUCGUCAUUCAGACUGCACAUCAAGCCCAGUCCACACCCAUACUCGCAAUCGCCACCAGUCUCAUGAGAACCUUCCACUCUUUCAAUUGUGUGACAUCCGUCGACCCAACACAUCCAGCUCCAUGUGGAAUGGUAGCUCUUACAUGUCAGAUGCUUUUAAUAUAUACCAUCGUGGCCCUAGUGGAGCUGCAAGCAUGCCCUCCAGUCCUAGGCUAGGCAGAAAACAUUUAGCACAAGAUGGAGAUCCAGUUAAUUAUCCUCCUCCUCGCCAAAGGAAAUAUUCCACUGGCUCUCUGGAUGGCUUAGGAGUACAAAGUCGUUCCCUUCCCAGGCUAUAUCGAAGUGAUGCCCCUUCCUUCUCUCUGCCCCCUCGGCACUCAUCCAGGGCAAGAUGCAGCCUCCCAUCUCUUGAGUGCCCUCCAGACAUGACUGUAACGUCCUUGAGCAAUGAUCUCAGCUUUAAGAAGAUGCUCUUGUUUGGGAAAGGAAGAGUAGGUCCAGGGAUAGGCCAGUGGAGAGGCAGCAUCAGUUCACUAAGCAGCAAGAAUGAGCUUCAAGAUUACCAUCAGAGACAGAAAGACGAGCGGUUACGAGAACAGGAAGUGGAGAGACUGGAGCGUCAGCGUCUGGAAACGAUACUGAGCCUAUGCUCUGAAUUGGGAAACUCAGCAUCAAGUUGCCCAGAACGCAGUGCUGGUGUUUGUGCCAUAUCCGACCUGCAGAGGAUCAAUAAUGAGCUGGAGAAGCUGCAGAUUUUGGAUGAUGAAAGUGAAUUUUCUGACUUGCUUGCUGUAGCUGCUCUACAGGAUGACUUGGUAGAGAAGAGUAGACAAGAGAGACAGCUACAGACAACUAACAUCCUGCAAACGUCUGCAUCAGACACCAUGAAGAUUAAACAGGAUAUAACCCGGGUAGAAGAGGAGAGGAUUCAAGUCCUCAACAGCAUUGAAGAGUUGGAGCAGAAGAUAAAGGACUUAGACACACAAGUGGAUGAGUCUAUCAGAGAGAUGGAGGUGGAGAGGGCCCUAUUGGAAGGUGAGCAGAAUGAAGAGCUUGCUCUCCUGCAAGCAGAUAAGGUUUUGCUAGAGAAGUUAAAUGAAAAGAUGAGCAAAAUGGGGAAAACCACAAAUCCUAAUACAACUGAAAAGGACACAGAGAUUUUGGGGACAGAGAUGAAGCACUUUGAGGAUCUUGAGUUUCAGCAACUAGAGAAAAAGAGCAAUCAGGCUGAAGAAAAAGAGUCACAGAACCAGCAACUCCUCCAAGAGAUUGCUGAGUACCAGCACAAUUUACUCACACGCGAGGAGAGGCUUAUGGGUUUGAAGAAACAAUCCACUCGGAUUACCCAGCAGGCUCAUCAAGAAAAGGAGAACUUCCUGAAAGAGAAGAACAGUCUUCAUCUGAUAUUACAAAGGGAGCAAGAAAAUCUUGCCACACUGGAAAGGAAAUAUGCAGAGCUGACCAGUGGCCAGACCUUCUCUCUGAACCCUGUGUCUUUGAAAGAGGUAAGAAGGAGGAGUAACAGCAAUAAGGAAGGUGGGCCUAUGCUGAAUUACAGCAAUAUGUCCCAUAAAAGGGAGAGAUGCAGUUCUGGAAGCUUUGGUAGUUUCACAUUGGACCACAGCCAAUACACUAAGUCCCAUCUGCCCCUGUCUCAGAGUUCUAGCUGUGGUAGUAUGCCCCCUCAUGCUCCCUCUCACACACCAAGAGAUCUAGACACUCGCUGUCUACUCAAGGCUGGUCACCUGCAUUUGAAUGACAGCAGGCAGAGGUUGAGUGAAAUAAACAGCAGGACCGUGUCUGAGUCAAACUUCUAUUUGAACCCUUUUCACCAUGUGGACAAUGUUACCAACUUUGAUACCGUCAGUGUGGAAAGUUCAGACAGCCUGGAGACGAGCAUCUCAGCCUGCUCUCCUGACAACAUCUCCAGCAGUGCCAGCAUAUCUAAUGUGGUUAGGAUAGAGGAGAUGGAGUGUCUGCUCAGAGAGUUGCAGGCAGAGAAGUCCAGACUCUUGAAGCACAGGGAGAGAGAAAUGGAGCAGCGUCAACAGGCUCUAGAGGAGGAGAAGAUGAGGCGAGAAGAACUGGAAAGGCGACUUAGAGAGGAGACAAACAUAAGGCAGAAACUUAUAGAAAGGGAGGUCAAGCUCCGGGAGAAGCAAAGAACACAGUCUCGUCCAUUGACACGUUACUUGCCAGUCAGGAGGGAUGACUUUGACCUGCGGAGACAUAUUGAGGCAGCAGGUCAUCAUCCCAACAGCUGUUUUCACCUUGCUAUUACUGACAAGACAUGCAGAGGCUUUCUAGUCAAGAUGGGGGGGGAAAUCAAAACCUGGAAAAAACGCUGGUUUUUAUUUGACCGAAAUCGCAGGACCCUGGCAUACUAUGCAGAUAAACAUGAAGUAAAAACAAAGGGUGUCAUCUACUUUCAAGCUAUUAAGGAAGUGUAUUAUGAUCACCUUAAGAAUGCACAUAAGAGCCCAAACCCUUUACUGACAUUCAGCAUAAAGACACAUGAUCGCGUUUACUUCAUGGUAGCGCCUUCUCCAGAGGCUAUGAGGAUCUGGAUGGAUGUGAUAGUAACAGGAGCAGAAGGUUACUCUCACUUUCUGGUUUGAGUAGCAGCUUUCUGCAGUGACCCAUCGUGCUUUGGCUCAGACUUUAAAAUGGAUUCUAGUACUUUCUGCUUUUUGAGGAAUCUUUUUUGUAGCUCAGAUUUAUACAUGGUAUUAUAUACAUUAUAAUAUUUUGGUGUGGGAAUCACAGUAUAGUAUAAAAUAUUGUUUUCUGUUCAGCAGUUGUAGUUAUCUGUUCAGUUAGUUGAAGUUAUCAUUGCCUAAUCUGAUUUUUCCCCUAAACCCAUGUAUGCUGUCCCAUUUUUGAAUUUUUGUUCCAGAUAGCAGCUCUAGAAACCCCCUUUGCAUGGUUUUUUGCUCUCAUUUAUUCAAUUUGUAUGAGUGUACUAACCAGAGAAAAUGCUAUGUUAUUCUGUUUUAACUACUUUUUUAUAACCUUCAAACAUAUUUUUUUGUCAUUUUAAAGUGCCUUUUUUUUUUAAUAUAUGUAGGCAGUUUUUCACAUAUUUUGUAACUUUAAAAGCGUUUUAAGAGUUACAAUUUUAAAGCUUUUUCUAAUACUUUUUAUUUUCAUUUUCAUUUCAUUUUCAGCAAGGUCUGUCAAUACAUAAGUUAAAUUUGGUUCUUUUUUAUUGCUCAUAGAAAACCAGAAGCACGAUAUAGGUCAAAAAAUGGAAGGAUAUAUAUAACCAAAGACAUGCUUUCUUUGAGUAUCUGUAUUUUGUAAAUGCAUUCAAGGCUCUCAGUAGAUCUUAAUAUCUCAUUAUUUUUUGUAAUUCCUUUAGUUAAUAAUCUUUCCAACUUAAUCAUUACAAGGACAAGAUAGAAAUGAUAACUCUUAUAGCAGAAUAUAUUAUGAUCCUGUUGUCAUUGUUGAAGCUCUUUUAGCAGCAGCAGCAGCCAAAGUAAAGGCCCACACUAGAAAUGUUUCUUUUGUUAAAAAAUAGUCACCAUUGUAACUAAUUAUAUUGCUAUAAGGAUUAAGGUAAUGUGCCAAGCAAAACUAUAGUAACAUAUCAAAUAGUUUAUGGCAUUUACGGCAUUUAGCAGAUGACCUUAUCGAGAGUGACUUACUUUUUUUUUUUUUUUUUUUUUUAUUUCAUAGUCAUUUGAUGGCAAGAAUAUAGUUGGAGGUUUGUUUUUAACAGGUACAAAAUGUUAGUGUAUGUACAAUCAACUUUAUCCAAACAUUGUGGUACUUGGAUAAAAUUUCCAGGGGUUAAAAGCAAGGAGGCUGAACAAACAGUAUGUGCAUUAGACAUAUAUAUACUGAAAAUUUAUAAUAGCAUGUUUUUAAUUAUUGAAUAUGUGUUAUAAUACUUUUGUAAUGAAUUUUAUACACAAUUAAAACUCUUUAGAAUAAUUAAAUGUAGUUUUUCAUCAGGUAAUGUAAUCUAUAAUAAACUCCAAACAAAGUUUACAUGAACAGUUUUUCAUACUGUACUUGAAUUUAAAGAUCUUAUUUU